CAUUUGUGCAAAGUUCUAUGUCGAAAACAGACAGACAGACAUGACUGUUCACUGAAAUCUAGUCGAGCACCCCUGCAAGUCCCCCAAGACUAGCCGUAGGAUUUCCUGACACUCGUAAGGUGAAUUUCGCGAAUUCACCCUGUUGGCUAGUUGACGCUAAGCAAAUAAUCACUUGGGUGUUGUAUGUGUGUCUCCGGAACACAACAUACAUCCAUGGCUCGGGAUGGCAGAGUUCUCACCAUUGAUGCUUGUUGUCCGAUUUGACAGAGUGUCCUGACGUUAAAUGCUCCAACAUGAAGUUGGUAGUAUGGCUUUAAGGGACUAUCGGUAGUUUUUUGGCUCUCAAAGUGAGAGGAUGGAUGACCAGUGUGUAGGAAAGUAUUAAUAGUAGGAGGAAAGUAAGAUGAUAGGGACGUAGAUAAAGUGGAAGAUUAUCAGGAGAGCUUCAUGUUCUUCGGGCAGCGUGUGGGUAGUUGUUACUUCCCAGCUGCCCUUAGGUACUUGAAUGGGAAAGAGAAUUAGUAUUGUGUGACCUCAGAGCCUGGGAGACAACUUCUUGAGGCCGGUUGCACACGGUCUAUUUGAAUUGAUUUUUAGUGUUGCUUCCUUAUUAGUAACUUGCCGCCGGCUACGGACCACUGUAGGGUAAGUUCUUGGGGUUAAUCUUUCUUAACCGUCUUUCCCCAGAGUGGAGAGGCGAAAUAGCUGACAUGCUGGUCAUCUGAGGGAAACACGGGAUGGUAAAAAACAAUCAUUGCAGACAAUUAGUGAUAUGACGCAAAAUAGUUCUCAAUGACGCAGAUGCAUCCACUCCUUGUGAUUUAUAAUAUCCAAUAAAAUUCUAUUGUUCUUCCAUACUGCUAUUCAUUUUGCCUCAUAUUUCUGUUUAUUAUCUCUUUUUGGAAUUCCUCUUUACUCUCUCCUUUUGCUUUGUGUGCUACAUGGAGUGUGGCAACUCGAACUGCUGCACAUCUGUGCAAAGUUCUAUGUUGAAAGCAGUCAGUCAGCUAAGUGACAAUGUCAACUGUUAUACAACAAAAGUGAUUCAAUUUGGUUCACAACAUGCAUACAGUGAUAGCUAGCAAGUAACGUCUCUUCAAGAGAACGUGUGCAGACUCCGUUGUUAAUUGAAUUAAUGCUAGUUGUAAUUUUAAUGAAUUUUUGUAGUUGUCUAGCCUUUCGUAUCCCCACAAAUAUGGGCAAAAAUGCAUCGUAGUAAAACAUUUUUUGUUGUGGUCCAGAAAGAUGAAAUAACAUUUCUGGUUUUAUUACGAACCAGAGAAAAAUUACUUACAGGAUGAAGUUCUCCAGCAUAAUUUUCUGUGAUUGAAAGGUAUUUUGGGUAUAAUUAUGUACUCAGCUGUUAAACUGGAUCGUAUACUAGUGCUACCACUCUUGUAACACAUUUUAAUCCCUAACUUCAGUUGGAAUCGGUGGCUGCACAUUUUUAUUCAGGCUCUAGAUGUAAGUGAUUUUGUGUUCAGCAAUUAAUUUAGUCUAAAAUGUAUAUAUAUAUAUAUAACUGUGUUUGGUUAAAAAAGUUGAAAAAUGACUUUCAUAACAAGAGGAGACAAGAAUGGGAUGUUAAUGCCUUCUCACUAGAGAAUAAAACUAAUGUAGCAUUUUUCUGUUUGACCAACCUGUUUGAUUGAAUUUCCACUGGAAACAUAUCUCGUUUGGUAAUUAUUAGUAGGAUGUAUUCGCUGUCGGAAUUUUUAUGAGACCUAAAUCUUUCCUCGUUUUUGACUAUUUACUCUGAAUUUACGGUAACCUUUGUUAUUUUCUUUCAGUUAUUUUCAUCUUAUAACUGUCCCUUUUCAGUCAAACUUACUGUAUAAGUAAACCACAGUGACUUUCCAGUUUGAUAUGUAGUACAUCUCUUACUAGAUGCAUUUGACUUUCGGCUAGUGGGCUUCAUAUUGUAAUCAUUCAUUCCUCCUAAUUUUGUCUGGAUAACCAGGCAGUAUCUUACGCCCUCAAAAGAUAUAUUUCCGUUACAGCUUGCUACGCUGAGCAGAAGAUUGGCAUCAUUUGUCACUUGUUUUUGUACAAAAGGAGCUGAAUUUUUCGUUUCCUUAGACAACUAAUUGUUUCUUAAUCCCUAUGAUUAUCCCCUCUUUUUAGCGUUAGUUUGAAGAGAAUAGCAGUGAGGUAUACUGUCGAGAGUAGUUAUGAACAUAGGUUAUACUGCCUCAUUAGUGUGGGGUUUCGUCAGACAAAAUUAAUCGAUAUAACCCUCCAACCUGGUGACAUGAAACUUCAGUUUCAUUUAUUCUGUCAACAUUAGUUCUCAAAUAAUUAUAGUUUCAGAUGCUUUACUGAUUAGCAUUCAUUUGUUUUACGUAACCUCUGUUUCGGCUUGAUGGACAAGCUCUUACAAGACGUUCUAUAAUUAGCGUGUGUAGGUAUUUCAGUACACAAUACUUGUUUAUUUUGUGGCUCAGUGGGAUUGUUUUUAUACAUAAUUAGGUACAAAUGUCACAAGCUUAGUGAUGUAGUAUCCUAUCAUAGUGACACUCUUUAAUCCUGUCACAGAGUCGUCUCAGUGAUAAGUAGGUUGCCGUUUAUUUCUUAAAUCUUUAUUACAUAGUAGCAAAAUAAAUUUACACUGGUAUUUCUUGUUUCCUACCGAAUUGUAGUAAAAAUUCAAAUGGAUUUAACUGAACAGACUAAGGUGAUUAAGCAUUUGGAGGAGAUAGAAGAAGCUGGUGAAAUGGUAUUGGCAAAACAACAAGAAUGCAUUGUAUAUGACAGGAAUCGACAAAAGUCGCGUGAAGCUGUGCGCAAGCUUAUGCAACUAGGAUCAGAAGAUCAACAGUGGGUUUGUUUGUCUGACCAAUUCUUUCAUUUGCCGUCAAAUGGUUUAAAAAAAGCAAUUGAAGAAGAUAUUAAAGUUUAUGAUUCCGAAAUUAAGAAGUUGAAGGAUCAGUUGAAAGAAGAUUUGAAUUGGUUACAUGAGCUUGAAGGAAAAGAGCCACUUAAAGGAUUUCAUCUAUUACCUAUGAAAAAUGAAAAUCAGUUUGUCAUCUAG